AUGCUGCUACCAGAUAUCACCAUAUCGAACUGGGGCAAAGCAUGGUGCUGGUCUGUAACAGCAAUCACCGCGCUGUGUGCGAUGGCGUUCGCCAUCACAGCCUUAACAGCAUCUAAGAAACUCUUAUUGACUGUGUGCUCCCUGACUGCCUCAAGCUGCUACGUCAUGUCGAUGUGUUACUUCGCCAUGGCCGCUGAUAUCGGAUGGAUUGCUGUCGACGUCGAAUUUACUCGCGGGACUAGGACAGCACAGGACCACCACCCCAGUCGCCAAAUAUUUUGGGUUCGUUAUGUUUCAUGGUUCAUCGUAACUCCGCUUCUGAUGACCGAGUUGUUCCUUCUGGCUUCGGCAUCUACUGGAGUCAUAUUGGUAGAAGUGUUUCUGGAUCUUGUCGUAAUCGCGACAGGACUCAGUGGAGCAGUAAUUCCAAGUGAUUACAAAUGGGCUUAUUAUUUUUACGGAGCAAUCGCAUGUGGUGGCAUAGGUUACCAGGUCGUCUUUACUGGUAGAAGGGCUGCAGCGGUUCAGGGACCUGAGCUGAAGCGCAAGUAUGUCCAGUGCAGCACCUUGGUGAUGGCAGUGUGGGUAGGUUACGGUGUUGCAUGGGGAUUGAGCGAGGGUGGGAAUGUGAUCUCUCCUGCUGAAGAAGCUGUCUUUUAUGGGAUAUUGGACUUGUUAGGGGGUCCAGUUUUUGGAACGCUUGUAGCUUUGGCUGCCUAUUAG